GCAUGAGCCCAAACACAGCAUGGCAAAGUCCAGAGCAGUGCAACCUCCUGUAGGGAGAAGAGUAAGUUUAGAGGCAACCUGCACAAAGGUUUGAUAGGACAGCAGUGAGGUUGAGAGUUCAGAGGUCUCCUGUACUUAUGACCCUUGGGCAAUCUGUGCAGAGCUUGCAGAAGAGCCAGAAGCCAGCUGAGAGCAGAGCAGGGAGAGUAGUACUGCCAGUGCUGCCACACUGCUGUACCCGUGCUGAUCCCCCUGCCUGGGCCAAAAGUCUGCACAGUUGCAACCCCCAGCCCCACUCUCCGGCGCUGUCCCCAGGCAGAGAUCCCGUGGUGAAGCCCAACAUGGCAAAGAGGGUGGCCAUCAUCGGCGGGGGCAGCAGCGGGCUGUGCGCCAUCAAAGCCUGCCUGCAGGAGGGGCUGGAGCCCGUCUGCUUCGAGAGGAGCCGGGACAUCGGAGGCCUCUGGAGGUUUGAGGAGAACCCCGAGGACGGCCGUGCCAGCAUCUACCGCUCCGUCAUCAUCAACACCUCCAAGGAGAUGAUGUGCUUCAGCGACUUCCCCAUCCCCGAGGACUUCCCCAACUACAUGCACAACUCUAAGAUCAUGGAGUACUUCCGCAUGUACGCCCAGCACUUCGACCUGCUCCGCCACAUCCGCUUCAGGGUGUUCCUCAGCACCCGCCGGGGUGCAUGGAUCCUCAACCGCGUUGGAGAUCAGGGCUACCCCAUCGACACCAUCUUAACCACUCGCAUGAAGGUAUUCCUGCAGGGGCUGCUCAGCCCGUCCCUGGCGUGUGACUACAUGGAGAAGAAGCUGAACGCCAGGUUUGACCACACGCAUUACGGCCUGAAGCCAAAGCACAGGGUCCUUCACCAGCAUCCAACCAUCAACGAUGACCUGCCCAACCGCAUCAUUUCGGGCAGGGUGCGGGUGAAGCCAAACAUCCAGGAGUUCACGGAGACAUCUGCCAUCUUCGAGGAUGGCACCAGGGAAGACAUUGAUGUCGUAGUUUUUGCCACAGGAUACAGCUUCUCCUUCCCAUUCCUUGAGGGCUUUGUGAAGGUGGUGGAGAACCAGAUCCCCCUCUACAAAUUCAUGUUCCCUCCGGACCUGGAGAAGCCAACGCUGGCUUUCAUCGGCUUCAUCCAGCCCCUGGGUGCCAUCAUGCCCAUCUCCGAGCUCCAGUGUCGCUGGGCCACUCGCGUCUUCAAGGGUCUGAACGAGCUGCCCCCGCGGCACGACAUGGAGGCUGACAUCAAACAGAAGAAAGAAGCGAUGGCAAAGCGGUACGUGAAGAGCCAGCGGCACACCAUCCAGGUGGAUUACAUCCCCUACAUGGACGAGCUCGCCUGCCAGCUGGGGGUCAAGCCCAACCUGCUCACCCUCUUCCUCACGGACCCCAGGCUGGCUCUGGAGGUGGCCUUCGGUCCCUGCACGCCGUACCAGUACCGGCUGCGGGGCCCAGGUGCAUGGGCAGGUGCCAGGGAGGCCAUCCUGACCCAGCAGCAGCGCAUCAUCAAGCCCCUGCAGACGCGGCACGUGGAGGAACGUCCCUCGGCCCUCGCUGUGCCCCUCAUCUUCAAGGUGGUCGGGGCCGUGGCCAUCCUCGCUGCUGUUUUUGCUUACUUUUAGGUGCCCUGCAAGCAUGAGAGGGCACGGUUUGCAAUGUGCCAAGGGGCUGGCCGGCCACCCCUGCCCCACAGCAGUCUGUGCACCCCAGUGCUGGCAGAAACCCCUGCCUAGCACGGCCCCAUUGUGACCACAGCAUGAGCUCGGGAUGCACAGAACCUCCCCAGCUGCCAAAAUAAAGAUUGGACCCCUGUGCUGUGCCUCUCCCUGUGGAGCUGCUGCCAGGGACAGAGAAAGAAACCUGCUCAUAUGCGGGGUAAAAUCCAGUCCCUCUCAGCCAGCACUCUGGGCUUUUCUGUCCCCUGUAACCCAGUUGUGCCACUGCUGGCACACUCACAGGAAAGCUAAGCAGCAAAGGCACUGCAAACUUCCUAACUGCAUAAAUGCAUUGAACAGCCAAGCAUUGUCCUGUUACUGACAACAUCAUGACCCACUGUGUGCCAGGGGAAUGCUCAUGGGUGUGAGGUCGUCCUCGUGCCACUGGCCCACAGCAGUACACAUCUACACACCUGUGUGUAUCCACGGCAAGACAGCCUUGC